AUGUCGAAGGAACACAUGACCCUUCCCCUUGGGGACGAGAAGCACGAUCCGAUCAACGGACACGGCGGUUUGAGGCCUUCAGUCGGAACACCGGGCGCGAGCGGUAUGGGCGCUUCAGGUCCUUCCAAUCCUUCCAGUGGAGGCAUCUUACCCGGAGGAGUUGCUAAACAGGAAAAGAAGAUUCACCCGGUCGCGAUCAUUGGUCUGUGGAUUGCUCUGUCUAGCAGUGUGAUUGGUGAGUCAGACUGAGUGCAGAAGAAAGGGUAAUGCAAGCACGCUCGCCUGACGAUUUUCAACUUCGGUCCGCCAUCUUCUGCAGUGUACAACAAGGUGAGCUGCCGCGUAUCAGUCGUGUCGCUGCUGCUACAACGAGUAUCGGAAGCCGUUUUGGUGUAUUCAAGUAUGCGUCGGCUCGGUGUAAGGCGUCGGAUCAGAGACUCACAGAAGCGCAAGCAGCAAUAAAUGGAGGGCUUAGAAUCGGCAGCUUCGAGCUGGCUGCAGUUCCGGCCUGCAAGCCAGUUGUGGUGACCUAA